UGGAAAAUGUUUUCCCGGAUACCUGAGUAUGAUACCAUAGCACACCGUGACCGAUUAAAUAUUUAACGUAAAUACUGCUGAAUAAUGUCUUUGCCGCGCGUCUUAUUGAUUGCAUUCAGCAGAAAAAGCAGCUUAGUAAGCUCUUUGCGCUACGCUGCCAGCAACUUUGCAAUCCUAAAUUCUGCUAAACUGAUACUUUACGCCUCUCCAUUAUAUUAGGCGUUCUGCAUAUUUUUAAUACAUUGGAUCGCUUAACUGAAACAGCGUAAAUUGCCAAGUGUCAUUCAGCAGAAAAUCUUAUAACAGUUGCCGACAAUGCAGCGGAAAGUAUUUGCCGCUUUUUCUGCUGAACACAGUCGUUGGUUAAGUCUUUUACGUUUAUUUUGAUUUAUAUAUCGACAACUCUUAACCAUUUGAGUCCCAAGCAGCGCGAUCGCGCUGUUGAGAUUUUAUGACGCAAGUACAUCACACAGCUCCUUUUAAUAUAAAUAGUACAUUUUACAAUAUGUAGAAUAAUAGACAAGAAUCACGUUAUCAUUAUAACACAUACAAGAAGCGCUAUCGCGCCGCCUGGUAUCUCUCGACAUAAAAUAAAACAAGCGCUAUCACGCUGCUUGGGUCUUUUCGUACUCAUUUAGUAAAAGCGCGGUUUGGGAUUCUUCGACAGUGUUUUUUCAAUACCCCCCGGGACUCAAACGGUUAAUAUACACAUACUCAAGUACGUCUGUCGAAUUCGCUGAAUGAGAUAUUCAAAAGAGCGCUUAUCUUGGCGCGCGUUACCUCGAUUGAACGAUGCUGCGUCCCAUACCAGCUGACCCAGUUGACAGACGGAGGUGAGGUUAAGUUAGAUUUCCCGUCGACCGCUUCAUGAGUUCUCUCCAUCUUAUUGAGAAUGGUGCUCGCGUUUGGAGGAUUGCCAUCCUUGAAACGGCUUCCGUCGCUUCUUCUGCAAUGUUCAUCAUGUCGCCGAGCGAUGGUGAGCAAAUUCUGGUGCCAAGAAAUCGGUCGCAGGUGGCGUCAACGGCGGCAAGAACCGCCGCACGCUCGCCUGCUGACAGAGCCCAAGUGCCAGUCGCAUGCUGCGACUUGGUACCUGUUCUAUCGCUGGAUCGUUUUCUUCGUAUGGACCGCCUUCGUGGUGUGCUCGCUGUUCGAGUUCGGCAGCUACCAGCCGCUAGGCAUGUACGACAAGUGGCCGAUUUAUCUUACAAAUUGGGACGUCACGCUGGGCUUCUCUCAGGCCCUGAUCGGCGGUGUUCUCGUGUCGAAGCGCUGGCGGUUGCAACGUAUAUCAGGCUUCGACCCGUGCAACCUCCGAUUCGAGUCCACAGAACGGCUAUACUGGUUCCUGUACGUUGUUACAACCAACAUCGCGUUCGGCGUAACCAUGUGCUACUGGUUAACCGUAUACGAUUCGAAGAUCCAUCAUUUGGACCCGCUCAACAUCAUAAUGCACGUGUGCAACAGCGUGAUGAUGAUGAUCGAUCUGUUCGUUACCAGCAUACCAUUCCGCUUUCGUAACUUCUGGUGGUGCUUGUCAAUCGUCAUGUUAUACCAGGUGUUUUCGGUAAUCUACUACGCCAGCGGAGGCUUGGAUAAGCAAGGUCUUCAUUACAUCUACAAGAUUCUGGAUUGGAAGAAGCCAGCGGCCGCCUUACUCGCGUGCGCCGGCGGUCUCACCUUCGUUACCGUGUUGCAUUGCGUCACGUGCAUGUUGGUGAAUAUCCGGGAUCGUCUGUACCGCAAAGUCGCUGAGAAAGUGAAUAAUAGAUCUGUACAAAUCAACGAGCAAUCGCUUCCGGAAAAACGGACGGAGAUGGUCUAAGCGAUUCGCUUGAAAUCGAUUGUUUUGGGUGAAAUAUCACUUGUCCUCUUCUCUCCAUAUGCUUUAAUCUGGUGAAUGAGAGGAACGAUAUAUCCAGGCAGCUUGACAUUCGACAAGAGAAAAUUCGUCGACGCACAGCGCAUCGAAAAUAUAAAGCCAGUGGAUAUGGACUAAAAAAUGUCGUGAUUGUUCGGUUGAAACCGUGUAAAAUUUAUAUCGCAUAAUGAUCAAACCAAAGCCUUUUGAAUCGAUAUUGUUAUUAAUAUUUUUUUUUUUUCGUUACCGUAAUACUCAAAUAUUAACAUAAUCCCAAAACACAUGAUGAAAUACUGUUAUUUCCGUUUGCCUUGAAAUUGCACAAAAUGAAGCUCGUAUCUAUAAUUUCGUAUAAUUAUAAUGCCUCAUAUAUGUGUAUAUAUAUACACCAUUGUUGACCGUGAUUAAAGGGAAUAAAAAAUUAAAAUAUUAAAGAAGACAGAGAGAAAUAGGUUUUUAGACACAGACAGAGAUAGGUUUUAGACAGAGACAAUAGAAAUAGGUUUUUAGAUAGAGAAUUUUAGAUGUUUAAUUAAUUACACGAACUGAGAUCUCUUCCGUAUAAUAAUAAUUAGCUGAAUAGCGCGCUGUGUUGCUCUAGUUAAUGACAAAAAACAAUAUCAAUAAGAAUAUCAUUAUAGAUUCAGAGGGCGUGAUCAUUCUACCCUACAUUUUUCACGUUUCGACAGAAAAAUGUCGACUUUAUUUUUUAGCCCAUAUAUGUAUGUCCACAGAUUUUAUAGUUUCGAUCCAUUGUGCGACGUAUCCCGACAGCUACGCCUUUUCGAGUCCUAUGCGAACGGCUCUUGUGUCGCAAUUGAGUUCCUAAAAACAAUCAAAAAUAUCAAUAUCAGGAUGUUAAUUCGAAUGAUGCGCGAGCGAACAUGCAAGACAGUAAACAGGUAAUUCGCGUCUGUUCGCACUAUGAGAUUCGUCUCUCUUCGACGGUAUUAUUUCUAACAAGACGAAAGACACGUCGAGAUUCUUGACUUAGCUGAUCGUCGAGAUUCGGCUUACAUAUCUGUUCUCGGUCGUACGAAAAUCGCUUGUCAACGACGAAAUGCGUAUUGCUAGUAUUGUUAGAUGGAGAAAAUUACAGUGAUAUCCCGCGAUUUCGUUAUUAUAACUGUUCUCGGGUGCAACGUGCAACAUACUUUAUCGUUCACGAUGAUAGCGAAUUAUAGUGAAUUCUGUUUCAGAGUGUGGAUUUCAUCAUUUGAAAUGAAAUUUAGUUGAUAUGUAUGAUGCAGAAAAUCCUUUCUUCGACCAAGUACGCUGCAUUUUUCGUAUAUAAGAGAGACAAAAAUAUUAAUUACGUGCAACGUUACGCGUAAUCGAAUUAUAUAUUUGUUCCCACAUAGUUAGCUUAAUUAUCUUAUCACGAGUGUGAUAAAAUAGACGCGUAAUUAGCAUACAUUAUUAUAUAUUCCUUUAUUCAUCUGAAACGAUAUGCUAAGAAGAUUGUAGCACGAAUUAUACUUUCCGGCGAAAUGAUCUUAGAUGAGAGAGAACAGCUGCUGAAAGACACGCCAUAUACAAAAUGCACACGUAAACGCACGUGUGUAUACAUUCCUCCGGUGAUCAUUUUAAUGUAUCGCGAUUUUUAUUUAAGGCUCCCAAAUAUUCGAUACGUAUAUUACAGAGCUCAACGUCGCUCAACGUUGGCGUAAUUCCGUUACGUGAGAGUUCCUAUGUAGGAUAAUUUCGUUUAGAAUGUAUCUAUAAUCCAAUUAUCGGAACACUUGCGAGUAAUGUUAUUUUAGCGCGCGAUUGCCUCGAAGGGUAUAUAUAUAUAUAUACGGUGUAUAUAUGUACAUAUAUACGCAUUAAGUAAAAAUCUCUCAACAUGUCUUCGACGUGCUUUAUACAUUCUAUCUAGUUUGUUUUUUCUUACGGCAAUAUGUGUGUACCGCGCCAAAAAAUGUACCGGUGCGAUAAAAAUUUUCGAAGAUCUUGCAUAACGUAAUACGAUGUCGUAGAGUCCUAAAUAUAAGUAGAGAAGCGCAACUGAAUUCGCGAUAUAUCGAAAAUAUGUAACAAAAAUAUUUUAACUUAACGACAUCGUGCACGGCAUAUAUAUUUUUAGUCACAAACAAAAUAAACCAUGUGUGCUUCUGAUCAAACUGUUAUGUCGGUUGCACUCUUAUCUAUUUACUCUAGUUGAACGAUAUCACUUAACGAGUGUGAUUUCUUUAACGAGCGUGCACGUGCGUGUUUGUAUGGACGCGUGCAUGUGUUUGUAUAUCAGCAAAAUCCGAAGUGCUAAAUAAUAGUAAAUAAUUAGCAAAUUAUUUGUAAACGGCACAGUUUGGAAAGUUUUGUUGAAAGCAUGUUUUUGAUAUACUCUAAUACGAGCUAAUACCAGUCAGUCGCGAUAAUUUCACCUAGUCUCAUCGACGACUCGAUGUUGUGACAGAAUCGUGUAGCACAACCAUCACAUACACACAAUAGUCAGAUAUCGCCUAAACAAUGAAAAACACGAUAUUUUUUUAAUGGAAAAUAUCAACGAUUUAUUAAUAAAAUAACGAUUUCAAAGCAA